AUGUCAGAUAGAAAAAGCGUUCCAUAUGUUCCAUACUUCCGCAAUGUCACUGCGCCUGGCACUGACUAUGAGAAAAAGUACGCGCUGCCCACAGAGUUUACCAAACGCCCUGGCUACAACAAUACUGGCAAGGCUAUCCAACUUGCUGUCAAUGCAUACCAAGUAGCGCAAUACCCGACUGCAAAGGUGUACCAGUACGAUGUUACCAUCGGAAACGGUACCGAGAAGCGUGCUGUUCAACGCAAGGUCUGGAAUUCAAAAGCUCGCAAGAACGCCACUGGACCCCCCAUGUUGUACGAUGGCAAUCGCCUUGCUUGGUCUCUGCGUGAUCACAGUGAGAUCCGUUUGAUGGUCGACCUUGACGUGGAGGAGGGUCGUCCGACCAGAGAUGGCCGCAACACCUUCAGACUCCAUAUCAAGAAGACCCGAGAGGUGGACAUUAGCCUCAUCCAACAAUAUCUCCACGGACGCGUUCAGUUCGGACAAGAUGUCGCUGAGUGCAUCAAUUUCAUGGAUCACCUUCUCCGCGAAGGCCCCAACUCCAACCCGCAGUUCCUCACGAUUCGUCGAUCACUCUUCAAACGUCAAGGUCAGCGUGCCGAUCUCGGUGGCAGCGUCGAAGUGUGGCGUGGCGUGUACCAGUCAAUGCGUCUGGCCGAAGGUCAGAAACUGAUAAUCAAUCUCGAUGUUGCCAAUACUUGCUUUUGGAGGCCUGGUGGACUUCUGGCCACGAUCAUUACGCGAUGGGGCAUGCAGAACCCUUCUGUGGUGACGGCCAAAUUGGCACCUCGUGGCAACGGAACUCCAGAGGAGAGCCUUGACCACAUCACGGUCCGAAAGGGAAUCAAGGGUGUUAUGGUCAUCGCCCAAUACAAGGGCAACCCGUUCCCCAAUAAGGAGUGGAAGAUUCAUACUUUGUCCAUGCACAAUGCUCAUCAGGAGCAACUUGACUGGAAGGAUCCGGUCACCAAACAGCCAACCGGCGAGAAACUGACUGUUGCCCAGUACUUUCAACGCAAGUACAACGUCGCUCUACAGUACCCGAACCUACCUUUGGUCGAGAUGACAAAGAAGGGUGUCAAAUAUCCAAUGGAGCUUCUACAGGUUCUUCCUGGCUCACGUUACAAUGUGAAGCUUGAUGAGGUCCAGACCGCGAACAUGAUCAAGUUUGCUGUCAGCCCGCCUCACACUCGCCUACAGGCUAUCAACGAAGGCAAGGCUUGGCUCGACUGGGCUGGUGAUUCUUACCUCAAGAAUUAUGGCCUGCGCAUCAAUCCCGAGCCCAUCAAAACCAAUGCUCGAGUCCUGCCAGCUCCAGGUGUGAAGUUCGCCAACAAGACUCAACAACCUGGAACUAAAGGUCGAUGGGAUCUACGUGGCUGCCGAUUCCUGAACCGCAAUCCUCAGGAACUUGUCUCUUGGGGCAUCGGUUUCUUCCCGGGCCGUUUCAAACCAGACAAGCCAGCUCUGGAAAAGUUUGCUCUGGAUUUCACCCGAGCUUAUCGUGAUCAUGGCGGUCAGGUUGCCAACCAACCCCCGGUAAUCAUGCCGCUGAAGGCAGAUGUCGGCGAGGCAGUCAACGGUCUGUACCAGGCGACAGGUAACAAGUUCCAACGUCGACCUCAGCUCUUGAUAUUCCUUCUUCAGGACAAGCAAGCUUUUCACUACCUGCGUAUCAAGAAGUCGAUGGAUUGCCGCUUCGGUAUCGUUAGUCAGUGUAUGCAGAUCCAGCAGGUCUUGAAAGGCAAUCCUCAAUACUACUCCAACGUAUUGAUGAAGGUCAACGCUAAGCUCGGCGGGUCCACUGCGCAGUCAGUAUCACAUCCCACGUCCGGGUUCAAGGGCUUCAACAAGCCUACCAUGAUCAUUGGUGCCGACGUAUCCCAUGCUUCCCCCGGAAGCGAGCAGGCGUCGAUGGCAGCUAUCACUGUGUCUUUCGACAGAUUCGCUGGUCGUUAUGCAGCUGCAUGCCAGACCAACGGUCGUCGCGUGGAGAUGAUCACUGAGAACAACUGGAGGAGUAUGCUCAAGCCUCUUGUCCGUGAAUGGAUGAGCCAAGUCGGUGGCGGAGCAAUUCCAUCCCAGGUCUACUACAUCCGUGACGGUGUCUCGGAGGGCCAGUUUAUUCAGGUGCUUCGUACCGAAGUUCCGCACAUCAAGGCGGUCCUGACGGAAUGCAACAACAACAAGGACUGGACCGGUACCCUCACCGUCGUGAUUGCUGGCAAGCGUCACCACGUUCGAGCGUUCCCUGGAAAGGAUGCAAGUGACCCGAAGGGCAAUCCCCUUCCUGGUUGUUUGAUUGAGAGAGAUGUUACGAGUCCGAAUGAAUUCGACUUCUAUCUGUACUCUCACAUUGCGUUGCAGGGUACCUCACGCCCUACCCAUUACAGCGUCAUCUACGACGACGCCAAUCACUCUCCGAACGCCCUGCAGAACAUGAUCUACGAGCAUUGCUACCAAUACAUGCGUAGCACUACUUCUGUCAGCUUGCACCCGGCAGCGUACUAUGCGCAUCUUGCGUCCAACCGUGCCAAAGCUCACGAGGAUGUCCCAGCACAUAGAGGACCUCAAGGUGGCGCAGGCUACAAGAUGAAGACACCAAGUGGCUCUUCUCAACCAUCCGACACGGAAGUCGCACCACUCCUGCCACUGUUCACCGGCGCCGGAUCUUCCAUUCUGUGGUCCAUGUGGUACAUCUAG